UCGACACGUUCAAAAAUGAUGCUAGCUCUGUAUGGUUUGCUUAGUUUGCGGUGGCAUGCUUGCUCAAUAGCUAGCUAAUUAGUAGCUAACUAAUUUAUUAGAUGCAAAGCUCUACGAAGAACUUGUUACUUAACGUUAGCUUUCUUACCUCCCGAAAAUGAACGUGCUAGUUACCGUAUUUUAAUUCUUGAUUUACAAUUCUAUGGGUUCAACCCGAUGCUAACUAGAUAAUAAUUCGCUGUCGGACAGAGGGGCACCUGGCUCACUCCUGGCAACAGUUUGGCUUCAUUGACACUGUUUUGUGAACUAGUAUUGGAGGAUGCCCCGUCGCGAUCCUGACGUUUCUUCUGCAAGCCGGCGCAAGGGUGCAGUACCCAAGCGUCGGCCUCCAGCCUCCACCGCGACUGCUUCAACAUCAAAGGCAAAGGCACCACGGCUGAGCGGACCAUCGGCCCCUGCAGGUCCAGCUCCCUCCCCGCAAAAAAAGAGAAGGUUUCGCCCUGGCAACCGAGCUCUGCUGGAAAUUCGCAAGUACCAGAAAAGCACUGACUUGCUUUUGCGCAAGGGACCGUUUGCACGCCUGGUUCGGGAGGUGUGCCAGACUUAUAGCAGGGACUUCAUGAGAUGGCAGGUGAACGCUCUUCUGGCCUUGCAGGAGGCUGCAGAGGCUUUCCUCGUUUUACUGUUUUCCGACGCCUACCUGUGUACCAUCCACGCCAAGCGUGUAACGCUGUUCCCCCGUGACAUUCAGCUUGCCCGGCGAAUUCGAGGAGUGGAUGAUCUCUGAGAAUGCUCAGAUGAGCAGUUUGGCUUGGGAUGGGGUCUGUUGUAGCCUCUUUUUUUUCACUCAAGCUCAGCCAAGGUGACCUUGGAUCAUGGACCAUGGGGUGUUGAGGACCUAACAAUGCUAUGUUUUGAUGCAAAGCAUUAGUGGAUCUAAUUUGCCCCAAACAUACAUGCAUUAUGUUCAUGCCAGUUAUAACCUCUGUAUAUUCUAUAACAAAAUGCUAACUCAGGCAAAGACUAUUGACCAAUGUUUUGCAUUUAGAAACACAUAUUUUCAUUGUACAUUGUGAAGGGACAACACUGUGUUGGGUAUACUGCUUUAGUUCAUCUGUGUUUUGGACCUCAUGGUACCUAAGCCAAGUUAGUAUACUGGUAAAAUCUGUAAAAUAUUAGAUUUUCUGUAAAUAAUUUUUAGAUAAAUUGUUUUCAUGUUGGAUUUUAAAUAAAUGUUUUUAUUCAGUACGAAAA